UAAUUCAAUUAUAGGAGUACCAUUUUCUAGUCCAAUCUUAUCCAUGCACUGUUAAAACCAUUAUUUUCCGAUCCCUUUCUAUUUUCUUGCUCUAUAAAUACAAACAUAACAGAACAAUCAAUUUCUCAGAUUAACUGACCGAGGAAAAAGAAAAAGAAAAAAGAAAAAAAAAAAUGACAACUAUGGUAAUGAUAAUGAAGCCAUCACAUAAUACAACUUCCACAGCAGGAGACUCGAGUUUUCACAGAUGGAAUUCUCCAGUUCCGUACCUUUUUGGUGGGUUAGCAGUUAUGAUGGGAUUAAUAGCGUUAGCAUUGUUAAUUUUAGCUUGUUCUUACAAGAAACGUUCGUCGUCGUCGACGGAAGAAUCAUCGUCAUCUUCCAACAACGUUAACGAUUCCGACGACGGUCCUCAAGAGAAGUCAUCGACGAAGUCAGUACAGGUAUUAAGUCCAGAAAUGGAACCAAAAUUUGUUGUGAUUAUGCCUGGAGAUUACAAUCCUACGUGGUUAGCCAAGCCCACCAUGCCUAUUCGUCAAGGUCCUGACCAAGUUUGAGUCAUUUAAUUCUUUUCUUAUAGUGUUCUUUCUUUUUUUCCAAUAGUUUUUGAGCUGGAAUGAGGUAGAAAGUAGGAGUAAGAGAUGAUAUGGGACGGAAAUGAUGGAGAGUAAGUUACAGCAACUAAUAUGUAACUACAUUUACCAACAAAAAAAAAAGGGAAAAAACUACAAACCGUGAACAAUAUUUUUUGGUUCAA